UGGAGGCGUAUGUGUGUGGUGUGGAACUGUCAAAAAAUGUUUCAGAAUGAAAACAGACGAGCAGAAGUAAACAGUGCAGUGUGGAGUGUUGUAUUUAUUGCGGUAAUUUUUUAGAAAAUUUCAAAUUUCGUAAGGUGAUCAUUUUGAUUCACCAUGGGUGAACGGAAGGGACAGAAUCACUAUUACCCGCCGGAUUACGAUCCGAAGGUGGGCAGCUUGAACAAAUGGCACGGAACGCACGCGCUGCGGGAGCGCGCCCGCAAAAUCCACCUGGGCAUUAUCAUCAUCCGGUUCGAAAUGCCGUACAACAUUUGGUGCGAUGGCUGUAAGAACCACAUCGGAAUGGGCGUUCGAUACAAUGCGGAAAAGACGAAAGUUGGCAUGUACUAUUCUACGCCAGUUUAUCAAUUCCGGAUGAAAUGUCACCUGUGUGAUAACCACUUCGAGAUAAAAACGGACCCGGCUAACCUGGAUUAUGUGAUAGUGUCCGGUGCUAGACGCCAGGAGAACCGGUGGGAUCCAACGCAGAAUGAGCAGAUUGUGCCUGAAACGAAGGAAGCCCAGAAGAAACUCUUCGAUGACGCGAUGUACAAACUGGAACAUGGUGCCAAGGAUUCGAAGGUUGCCGAAGAUGCGAAACCGAUACUGGGUGCGCUGUAUCAGCGGAAUACCAGCGUGUGGAGGGAUGCUUUUGAAGCUAACAGUAGACUUCGAGCAGACUUCAGGGCUAGCAAAAAGCAAAUCAGACAACAAGAUGACAAAGACAAAGCAUUGCUUGCAAAAUCCAGCCUGGACAUCUCGCUGCUUCCGGAGAGUGACGCCGAUCGAAAGAUGGCCGCUCUGAUGCGUCUUCAUUCCGCCAAAUCCAUAGCGGAGAAGGAUCGCGAACGACGGCUUGCCAUCCUGACGGGGCCGGCGCUACCGUCAACAUCAACCAGCGAGUCCUUCAAAAAGCAAGCAGCUGGAGCCAAGCUACAAACGACCAGCUUAGGGAUAGUAAAACGUCGGGCGCCUACAAUUGCAAAAUCAACACCAGUCAAAAGUGAUGACGGUGGUGGUAAAAAACCGAAACUUUUGCUUUGUAAUUAUAGCUCGGGAUCGAGUGAGAGUGAUUGAGAACUAGGUUGAAGUGUAAAUUUCAGUAUCGAAAGGGUAUUUUUGAAAUAAAAGGUCAAAACAAA